ACAACUAUUUGAGUUAAACAAACCUGUUGUCAAGUUUUUAAAUACCACAUUUGCACUAAGAUUGUAAUUGUUUUAGAUGAUAUUGAAUAUAUUGCGUUUGAUCUAUUUCAAAUGGAUAUGUCUAAUGCUUUUAGAUGACUUUGGCCUACUUUAGAAUGAAUGAAUAAUGAUAUUUUGUAUUUGACAUAUUUCAAAGUAUUACCAUUAUUUUGUUUUCAUACUGUAGAGUUGGAUAUGAUGUGUCAGCGUUAUGCGUAAUUGGAUAACUAUCGGUUGUUAUCUAUCCAAGGCAAAGUGAAUCAAGACAAGAAACAAAUUAUGUCUUUUUGAGAUCACCGAGUAUCAGUCUAUAUAAAAGGAAAACAAAUAUGAUUGUAUUGUCUGCUGCUCUACACUUGUGAGAUUGCGAGUUUUGCCAUGGAAACGGUGGACAGUGGCGCAGAGAUAGUGACUGUGUGAUCUGGUAGGCGAGGGAGAAAUCUUCAAGCAUCGCGAAUGUUAUUAUUUUACAGAGCUGACAUAAUCUUGAAUCGGAAAACAUAGACAUAUUUUUUUCACAACGGUAAGGGGAGGUUAUGUCAAACUUGGUGGUGUUAGUCAGACCAAGUCUUCACACGAUAUGUUGGACGUCGUUAAAAUGAGGGUCUGAUGCGAUUCACGGGAGACACUUUUAGUUAGCCUACUGUGGUUAGGCUAUGUCAUCACGUCAUUAAUUCCCCUGAAAAGCAAUGACAGGGUUUUCCUUUCGUGACAUCUCACUGAAUAUCUGAAGCUAAACAUCCCUGUCUGCUUGCGCACUCAAGGAUCUAGUGCGCUUUGGAGAAACAUAGGAUUACGGAUUACCUUCACUGAGACUGGAACUUUUACUCAGGCUCCAAUAUGUCUCUAAACCGGGUUUACACGGACACGGAGCAGUCUGCAGAGGAUACUGGAGAAUGUUCGGCCACAGUCUCAUCGGACAACGGGCACGGGGCAGGUCGUACGCACGAGGUGACCGUGCGCAACACCGGCUGCUGCGUGUGCUUGCCGCGCAUCAUGCGCCUCACCUUUGCGCCCGAGUCCCUCGAGCAGCUCUACCAGGUCUACUUCCGACGACAGCGACAGGAGACUCUUCUCGUGCUGGUGGUGUUUGCGGCGCUUUUCAACUGCUAUGUCAUUGUCAUGUGCGCAGUGGUGUACACGACAGACAAACGUGCAAUGAUCGUGGUCGCAGCAGUUGGACUUGCUGCGGAUAUUGUACUCUACACGCUUUGCCGACUGCGCAAACUCCCCGCGACGCUUGUUGUGCGCGGUGCGAUACCAUACAUACUCUGGUUGAUGAUUGCCGUGCACGUGCUGUGCUACCUGGGGCUGAACUACCAGCUUUUCCCCCAAGCCAGUGACACAGCGGGCUGGCAGGUUUUCUUCAGCUUCUCCUGCUUCCUGACACUGCCCCUGACCCUGGUCCCUCUCCUACUGCUCACAGCUCUGUCCUGUGGGAUCCAUACCCUGGUGCUGGGGGUCACUAUCGCCCAAAGGCACCAGGACAGCCUGCAGGGAACCAUACUGCUCAGACAGCUCCUGGCUAACUGGGUGUUGUACCUUUGUGCGGUCACUGUGGGCGUGAUAUCAUACUACAUGGCCGACAGGAAGUACCGAACGGCCUUCCUGGAGGCGCGCCAGUCCCUGGAGGUCAAACUCACCCUGGAGGAGCAGAGCACCCAGCAGGAGGAGUUGUUGCUGUCCAUCCUGCCCAAACACAUAGCAGAAGAGAUGCUGGAGGGCAUGAAGAAACAGGCUAACCAGAACGAAGUGCAGCAGUUCAACACCAUGUACAUGUACCGUCAUGAGAACGUCAGUAUCCUAUUUGCUGAUAUAGUUGGUUUUACGCAGCUCUCCUCAGCGUGUAGUGCACAAGAGCUGGUCAAGCUGCUCAACGAACUGUUCGCCCGCUUUGACAAGCUAGCUGCUCAACACCACCAGUUGCGUAUCAAGAUCCUGGGAGACUGUUACUACUGUAUCUGUGGCCUGCCUGAUUACCGUGAUGACCACGCAGCCUGUUCCAUCAUGAUGGGCCUGGCCAUGGUGGAGGCCAUCUCGUAUGUGCGUGAGAAGACUAAGACAGAGGUUGACAUGCGUGUGGGGGUGCACACAGGCACUGUGUUGGGAGGGGUGCUGGGACAGAGGAGGUGGCAGUUUGAUGUCUGGUCCACUGAUGUCACUGUGGCCAACAAGAUGGAGUCAGGAGGGAUACCUGGGCGUGUCCACAUCUCCCAGAGCACCAUGGAGUGUCUGCAUGGAGAGUUUGACCUGGAGCCAGGAAACGGAGGGGAGAGGUGUGAGUACCUGCUGGAGAAAGGCAUAGAUACCUACCUGGUGGUGUUCUCCAAGGAAACCACCCAGGUCAACGGACUCAACAGGGUAAAUAGAAUCUCUCCCCAGUUGAUUAACACCACAGAGACCAAUGGGAGUGUCGGUUCUGUCCGGGGCACGCCCACAGAGCGCAAACAGGAAGCAAAAACACAGGUGACGAGCCCUCGGCGUCAAAUAAAAAAGAAAGUAGAUGCCAGGGAGAGUGAACAGGAGCUGAACAGACUACUGCACCUGGAGCUGCUGGAGAGAGAGAACGAAGAGACUGCGAAGGAGCGUCGGACCAACCCUGUGUCCCUGCAGUUUGUGGAUGGGGAGUUGGAGGAGCGUUACUCUGCAGAGAAGGAAAGACAGAGUGGUGUAGCUUUCUGCUGCAGCUGCCUGGUCCUCUUUUUCUCUGCAGGCAUGGAGGUCCUCAUAGACCCAAUGCUGGUAGUGAACUAUGUGACCCUGGCGAUUGGAGAGGGAUUGCUGCUCAUUCUCACUAUCUGCUCCAUGGCUGCCGUCUUCCCUCGUAUGUUCUCGAAGAGGCUCGUGUCGUUCUCGAUGUGGAUCGAUCGAACCCGUUGGGCACGGAACACCUGGGCCAUGGCAGCCAUCUUUGUUUUAACCAUGGCUGAGAUUGCCGAUAUGCUGAGCUGUGUCCAGCCUCCCUUCCUGUUCCUCAACAUCAGUGCUGGCCUCAGCAGGGAGUCGCUAGGUGACGGAGGUUGUGCAGAAAACCCUAAACACUACAGCUAUAUGGCGGUGCUGUCGCUUGUGGCGACCACCAUGCUGGUGCAGGUGAGCCACCUGGUCAAGCUGGGGCUCAUGCUGCUGGUCAUUGUGGCAACGGGCGCCGUCAACAUCUACAGCUGGAGGGAUAUCUACGACCUGUAUGACUUCAUACGAUUCACCAGCUACAGGAUGUCUAUAGUCCCUUCCAAGUACCUUAUGACAGUGAUGAUCAUGAUCAUGAUGAUCUGCUUCUACUACUUUGCCAGACAUGUGGAGAGGCAGUCGCGGAAGCUUUUCCUGUGGAAGAUUGAGGUGCAUGACCAGAAGGAGAGGGUGUUUGAGAUGAGGCGCUGGAAUGAAGCGCUGGUCACCAACAUGCUGCCUGAACAUGUAGCCAAACACUUCCUUGGUUCUAAGAAGAGAGACGAGGAGCUGUACAGCCAGUCAUACGAUGAGAUAGGAGUGAUGUUUGCCUCCAUCCCCAACUUCUCAGACUUCUACACAGAGGAGGGCAUCAACAAUGGGGGCAUAGAGUGUCUGAGGAUCCUCAAUGAGAUUAUCUCUGACUUUGACAGUCUGUUGGACAGGAAUGAGUUCCGCUUCAUCACUAAGAUUAAGACUAUAGGAAGCACCUACAUGGCUGCGUCUGGAGUCACACCCGAGAGCAACACCAACGGAUACUGCAACCGCCCGAUAGAGGAACAGUCAUUGUUAGAACGUUGGCAGCACUUAGCUGACCUGGCAGACUUUGCUCUGGCCAUGAAGGUCACUCUCACCAAACUCAACGACCAGUCCUUCAACAACUUCAUGCUACGCAUCGGUCUGAAUAAGGGCUCGGUUUUGGCUGGAGUGAUUGGUGCUCGUAAACCUCAUUAUGACAUCUGGGGCAACACAGUCAACGUAGCCAGCAGAAUGGAGUCUACAGGGGUGAUGGGCAACAUCCAGGUGGUGGAGGACUGUUAUGACAUCCUAAAGGAGUACGGAUUCCGCUUCGUCAGGAGAGGCCCCAUCUUUGUCAAGGGGAAGGGGGAGCUACUAACCUUCUUCAUGAAAGGGAAAGACAAAACUAGUAACAACGGCACUGGUCCCACCACUACUACUACCCUUCCUCACCAAGUAGUGGACCAUUCCUGAUCCUGACCCACACCUGCUGAAACAACAGACAGUAGAGAAUACACACGGAUUCAUCAUUCUUAUGUAACAUCCUAUAGAAAUGCUAUGACAGAUCAAACUUAAAAAUCAUAGACAAGUGUACAGUUAAUGCAUAGGCAAGCAUACUGUUUCGAAACAGGCUAAGAAAACAAAAACACACUCAAUUCUGUACUAGCCGCUUCUGGAUUCUAUGGUAACUGAUAGUUCAAGUGAAAAAUAUAAAAUCAUACCUUUUGAUGGGUGGGUACAUGUACAAAAUAUUUGUUUAUAUAUUUAGAUAUAGGCAACUACUUCAUAGAACAACAUAUCACUACACCCUAAGUCCAUAUUGACAUCAACUAAACUCACUAGUGUGACAGUUUGCCUUCAGUAUGAUGAUCCUCUAUGUUCUUUUAUUGUUUUUAAACAGUUUAAACAGUCAAGCUCGGGUUUUGUAAGAUAAUGACGCUUGAUAGAUUUUGUAUUUAUAAAGUGUUGAUAAAAAAUGUUUUCAUUCACUUUU